AUGUCGGAUAAGGUUGAGGCUGGCCCCGUCGAGGUGGCGCCCAAGCCCUCCUUUAGCGCCCGCCUCAAAGCCAAUUUCAAGAGAUUUUGGUGGCUAUAUCUGGGUAUCUUCAUUGCCGUUGUGCUUGUUGUCGUCUUGCCUGUCAUCUACGUCGGCUACCCCCACAUCGCCCAACGCGACGUGAACAGAUCCACCCUCACCAUCGACUCCAUGGAAAUCACCGACCCAUCCCCAGAGUCCUUCUCUAUCAAGAUUGAACAGACUAUCGGCUCCAAGUCCAAUUUCCACCCCCAACUCGAUGCCUUCAACGCCACCGUCACCAUUGCAGGGAGCAAGAGUCCCUUCGUCACCCUUGAAGUCCCACCCGUCAAAGCUGUCGAUGGCGCCAAGAGCACGAUUAACCAGCGCGUCACCCCUAAUAUGGAUGCGUUCACCGACUAUGCCAUUCUGGUUAUGAAGUCGGAGAAACUCGACCUUGAGAUUGAUGGCAAGACGGGGUUGAGGGAGGGCUCUCUGCCGAAGACGACUGUAGAUUAUAAUAAGGUUAUUACCAUGAAGGGCUUCGAAGUGAAAAACUUCAGUCUCGCAUCCAACCAAACAGACGGAAGCAACAUGCUCGGUGAAGUUUUCAUUCCCAACCCCAGCGUCUUAACCCUCACCUUGGGCGACGUCACCCUCGACCUCUCCGUCGAUGGCCAAAAAAUCGGCACUGCCAAGCUGCCCGCCCUCGUCAUCCGCCCGGGCGACACCAACGCCAAGAUGCGCUCGACCAUCGACCUGGCGAAGGUCUUCCCCUUCAUCAGCGGCAAGGACGCCAAGUACAAGAAGGGCGUCAUCCCCCUGACCAUCGUGGGUAAGUCGGCUGUGUAUGGCGGGAAGGAACUGCCUUAUUUCUCAGCCGCGUUGGCGUCGAAUACGCUGGAGAUCGAGCUAGAUUUGCGGCCGCUGUUGGGCUCACGGGGUGGGAAGUAA